GUAGAAAAACGAGUCAGCACAUGGAAUGAGGUGCGCAGCCAUAUGAACAACCCACGUCCACAGUUUCAGCUACAGUGGGAAUCUGAGAUUGUUGAGUAUGUCCAGUUCCUGUGGGAGAAGACAAGAACACAGUUCAAGAGAGGCAAGCCCAGCAAGCUAGGAGUGAAUGUCCCAUUGCUCAGGCCUUGGUUUAUGCCUCCUUUGUACCUGCACAUCCAAAAGCGGUCAGGUGGUGGAGCCAUUGAACCAAAGAUACAGUACCUCAAGCCGCUCAAUAUUGUGCACCCCUUCUACUACCCACAGCUUGCACAGUGUCCGAGAUGCAAGUCUGAUGAGGACACAACUUAG